AUGUCACGGUGGGAGUCGCGCCGUUUGUUCAUUCCGGGACGCUAUCCGUUGUCCGAAGAACAUAUGUUUUGCAUGUUUGUGUUCUGUCAUAUUUUUGCUCUUGAUACUCCGCUCGUCAUGACGAUUCGGACUGCGAGCAGGACCGGAAACCCGAGAACAACACAGACAAAUUCAGCACAAGCACCGUUGGAGUACGGAGCUCGGAGACGGUUCUGUCUGUGUUCAUUUUGCGUGGCGAAUUCGGACGUCACAUGCAGGAGAAGCGAGGGUUACACGCUAUCAAUAGGUUCCCCAUUGUGGCGACAGCACUCAAAUUGGAUUGUUGAAUGCCAAGCCGCGGUGUGCCGCGCGAAUGCACUCCACUCAAUACAUGGAGCUUUCAACCCCAGAUCGUCGCUCGUCGCUCGAACAUACGACAUGCGGCACAGUCUGACUUCGCAGGCGUGCCACAGAACCAUUCUCAGCACACGAGCAAGUGGAUACGGGAUGUGUCCACGGUCCCGUGGGGUCAAAACGCUGUCGUGUUCUAGGGAGACGGCUUCGACAGCGAUGCUGCCUUUUGCUCGUGUCCCCGAGACUCACACGACGUGGCCCUCUCGUCGUCAGGCGGGCAGAGCACGCGACCCCACAUCAUGGUCUUUUGACAAUCGAGUUGCCUUCCAGUGCGAAGACUUUGAAGCAGGACCCUCUUCUCAUGCGAACUGCCUCCCGUGGCCUCUUGAGUCGUUGAGUCGAAGACGAAGUAGACAUAGACGAUUGGCGUCCUUCUCCACAACUUCUAUCGGCACGCUAUCUAGCGGUUGA